AUGCCAAAAAAGAAAAGGGAAAACCUCACUAUUAUUCUCUACGUGGAUUGGGCCACUAUACCUGUUGUGUCGGAUUGUUAUUUAUUUGGACUCCAGACCCUGCGACAUGUUAUGCAUAUGCCUUGUACAUGGGACUCAACUAUGCCAAUAAGGAUUCCCAAAGAGCUUGGUUGUCAAUUGCAUAGUGUCAACUAUGGGAGGAUCAUAUAUUUUGGAAAGGAUGUAGCGGAGUCACCUUCAGCCAAGAUUGAGUGGAUAGAUUUGCGGAUGGAGCAAAGGAUUGUCAGGAAAAUGUUGGUAUUGGUGCAGCUAGAAUAG